UAGCUUCACAUAGCUACGAAAAUAAGCGGAUAUCACAGUGACUUCACUUCCGAUGCCAAUUUUACGACUGUAAAAUAUUUUUUUGUGCUGAUACGAAUUACAUUAAACUCACAAUUUUACACUCAGGAUCGUGUUUGGUGCUAUAAAAAGAACGAAGGACGAGUUGACGUAGUGCCCUGGGACCUGAAAGUAGGCUACUAUGUCCGCGGAACUGGACCUUUCGCCCCCAGAGGUACCUGAACCCACUUUGCUUGAGAGUCUCCUGCGCUAUGGACUCUUUCUGGGAGCUAUUUUCCAACUCAUCUGCAUCUUGGCUGUCAUAAUACCGACCUCCAAGGGGCAUGAACAGGAGGAGACGGAGCCAAGUGACAUGAAGGCUGGUGACCAGAAUAAGAAGUCAAAAGGGCCUGCGCCUCAGAUUCGCCAGAAACUAAAGAAAGAGAGCAAGAAGAAGCGAUAGGUGUGUCGGAUUUUGUGCUAUCCAUUUGUGCACCCAAAAUUAUUGUUACAUUUCAAAUUAUGUAAACUGAAUCAUUUUUGUUCUAUCAAAUUCAACGAUGUCUCUACCAUGAUUUAUGAAAGAACAGAAGUGCAUUUGAAUAACUGUUUUAUUCAACUAGUCUGCUAUCAAAUGUCAUUUGUCAAUCUAAAACUUGUAAAGGCCUAAACACAACCAAAAACUUUGGGGACAUACUGUGCAUUCAGAAAGUAUUCACAUCCCUUUACUUUUCUCAAAACAUUGUGUUACAAAGUGUUAUUUUUCAUGUCAAUGAUCUACACACAUACUCUGCAAUGUCAAACUCGAUGUAUGAUUUGUUUAAUUAAUAAAAAAUAAAUGCUAGCAUAUCUUGAUUAUAUAUGUAUUGACUCAGGGGGUUGAAUAAUUGUUAGUCACCUUUGGCAGCUAUUACAGCUGUGAGUCUUUUUGGGUAUGUCUCAAAGCUUUGCACACCUGGAUUGUACAAUAUUCGAACAUUAUUCUUUUUUAAAUUCUUCAAGCUCUGUCAAGCUGGUUGUUUGAUCAUUGCUAAAUGGCAAUUUUCAAGUUUUGCCAUAGAUUUUCAAGCCAAUUUAAGUCAAAACUGUAACUAGGCCAUUCAGGAACAUUCAAUGUCAUCUUGGUAAGCAAUUCCAGUGUAUAUUUGGCCUCGUGUUUUAGGUUAUAGUCCUGUUGAAAGGUGAAUUUGUCUUACAAUUUAUGUUUCCUCUAGGGAUUUGUCUGUGCUUAGCUCUUCAGUUUAUGUCUAUCCCUAGACAAGCUUACCCAUAACAUGAUGCAGUCAACACCAUGCUCGAAAAGCAGCUGAGUUAGGAAGGAUUCCUGUAUCUUUGUAGUGACUGGUUGGGUUGAUACACCAUCCAAAGCAUAAUUGCUAACUUCAGUAUGAUUUUCUAUGUCCCGAUAGGUGCCUUUAUUUCUUAGGCAUUAAAAAACGUCCCUGGU